GUUAUUUGCAGGGCCUUUUGCCCUGGCAAUGGGAUGGAUCCGAAAUCAACACAUCUCAUCACAACCUCCCCGCAGCCCGCCCUGCUGUCUUCGCCAUGGACAGACGCACCCCCUACACCCUGAGCGUCCUCGCUCCCAGCGUCGAUGGUGUGGAAGACUCUCGUUCUCAGAUUCAGGCCAAAUUGAAGGAGUUUGUGCUGGAAUUUCAGCUCGACAAUGCAUUCAUCUACCGCGACCAACUUCGACAGAAUGUCUUGGUCAAGCAAUACUAUUGCGACAUUGAUAUUGCACACUUGAUUUCAUAUAAUGAAGAGCUGGCACACAAGCUCACCACAGAGCCUGCCGACCUCAUUCCCCUUUUCGAAGCGGCACUUCAGGAUUGCACUCGCCGCAUUGUAUACCCCUCUCAGAGAGACAUCGUCCUGCCAACCCACCAGCUUCUGCUUCACUCUUCUGCAACUCAUAUUUCUAUCCGCGACCUCAAUGCCACCAACAUCUCGCACCUUGUUCGUAUCCCUGGUAUCGUGAUCGGCGCAUCCACAAUAUCAUCCAAGGCAACGGUGAUGCACAUUCGAUGCAAAAAUUGUGGCCACACAGAGAAUCUCCGAGUUGAGGGUGGUUUCUCGGGUCUUCAGCUGCCUAGAAGAUGUGGUCGCCAGCAACAACCCGGCGACAAUCAAUCAGAGCCUUGCCCUCUGGACCCAUAUGUCGUAUCUCACGAGAAAUGUCAAUUUGUCGACCAGCAGGUUCUCAAGCUUCAGGAGGCGCCUGAUCAAGUGCCCGUGGGUGAGCUUCCCAGGCAUGUUCUCAUUUCAGCAGACCGAUACUUGGCCAACAGGGUCGUGCCUGGCUCUCGUUGUACUGUGAUGGGAAUUUUUUCGAUCUAUCAAUCCGCCAAGGGUGGCAAGAAGGAUGGAGCCGUGGCUAUUCGCAACCCGUACUUGCGGGCAGUGGGUAUCAGCUCCGAUCUGGAUCAUACCGCUAAGGGCAGCGCCAUCUUCUCCGAAGAAGAAGAGCAAGAAUUUUUGGAGCUUAGUCGCCGUCCUGACUUGUAUGAGGCUCUUGCUAAAAGUAUAGCUCCGUCGAUCUAUGGAAACCUGGACAUCAAGAAGGCCAUCGUCUGCCUGCUCAUGGGUGGUUCCAAGAAACUCCUCCCCGACGGAAUGAAGCUGCGUGGUGAUAUCAACGUGCUUCUCCUUGGUGACCCCGGUACGGCCAAGUCUCAGCUGCUCAAGUUCACGGAGAAGGUUUCCCCUAUUGCUAUUUAUACAUCCGGUAAGGGUUCUUCAGCAGCCGGUUUGACGGCAUCGGUUCAGCGCGAUCACGCCACCCGUGAGUUCUACCUGGAAGGAGGUGCCAUGGUGCUUGCAGACGGCGGUGUCGUCUGUAUUGAUGAAUUCGAUAAGAUGAGAGACGAGGACCGAGUCGCCAUCCACGAAGCCAUGGAACAGCAGACCAUCUCCAUUGCCAAGGCUGGAAUCACUACCAUUCUGAACUCAAGGACAUCGGUUCUGGCCGCAGCCAACCCGAUCUUCGGUCGUUACGAUGACCUGAAAACUCCUGGUGAAAACAUUGAUUUCCAGACGACCAUUCUGUCUCGUUUCGAUAUGAUCUUCAUUGUUCGCGAUGACCAUGAACGCAGUCGUGACGAAAGCAUCGCGAGACACGUUAUGGGUGUGCAUAUGGGCGGUCGGGGUGUCGAGGAGCAGGUUGAGGCGGAGAUCCCGCUGGACAAGAUGAAGCGCUAUAUCAGCUAUUGUCGCACGCGUUGCGCGCCCCGUCUCUCGGAUGAAGCUGCUGAAAAGCUGUCGUCCCACUUCGUCACCAUCAGAAAGCAAGUUCACCGUGCUGAACUUGAUGCCAAUACCCGAUCCUCCAUUCCGAUUACUGUUCGUCAACUCGAGGCUAUUGUCCGUAUCACCGAGUCGUUGGCCAAACUGAGCUUGUCGCCGGUCGCCACUGAGGCCCAUGUGGACGAAGCCAUCCGUCUUUUCUUGGCCUCGACCAUGGAUGCCGUCACUCAAGGUGAAGGGCAGGGCAGCAAGGAGAUGAUGGAAGAAGCGAGCAAGAUCGAAGACGAACUGAAGCGCCGUCUGCCCAUCGGAUGGAGCACCAGCCUGGCGACGUUGAGGCGCGAGUUUGUUGACGGAAGGGGUUACACGGAACAAGCUCUGAACCGGGCAUUGAUUGUGAUGCAACGACGAGAAACCGUUCAAAUCCGGUCGGGUGGCUCACAGGUAUACCGGCACGGUGUAUAG